AUGGCGUCGCAGCAUCCAACAUAUCCCAACCCAGUCAAGAGGCCACGAAUCGGAGAGCGCACUUUGGUAGCAUGCAACGGCUGUAAGCAGAAAAAGCUCAAAUGUGACGGACAAAUUCCCAAAUGCCAAAAUUGCAGCAAGACUGGAAGGGAAUGUUUCGUCGAAGAUCCCGCUACAGGGCUUUUGCGGCCUAGGGACUACAUGCAGUCUCUCGAGACCAGAGUCGCUUACCUAGAGGGCCUACUGAAGCAGGCAAGACCUGAUGUGGCUCUCGACCAUCUCAUGGGCCUCGAGAAAAAUGCUUCCAGUCUUUCGCCUGCUGCGCCGACCCCGACCACGGCUUCAGUUGAAAUCUCUGCUACAGGUAACUGUCAGCGAGAUGCGCGCGUUGAGACGGAAGACACAACUGAUCAGCUAUCUACCGACGUUGCUCUACUAUGUUUGACUGCCGCUAGCAAAGAGCCUCAUUAUUUCGGCCCAUCAUCAGCUGUCUCAUUUUCAAGGAUUGUGAGCGCCGCUAUGGAUCUGCCCAAAAAGGUUGGGCCAUUUCAUCAAACAAACUCAGUCCGGUUUGAACACGGGUCGUCGACAUGGGAUUUUCCUCAGCCGUUUCUCAUCGAUUUCCCCUCGCCACAGGCUGGCGCUACUCUAUCUCAAGCAUAUUUCAAUAACAUUCAUCCCCAGUAUCCAUUCCUUCACCAGCCAACAUUUCAAUUCUGGGAAGACCUGUGCUUCAAAGCCAACCUUGCCGGAAAUUUGUCAAUGGCAGGCGAUCUGGCACAGUUCUUCGUGUGGAUGGUUUAUGCAAUUGCUUCUCUAGCUUUGGGCCCUGCCCACUAUGAUGAAGCUGAAUCAUACUACAACAUGGCCCUUGUGCAUCAGCCUUCAGUUCUCGAGCUUGACAGUAUCGAGUCUAUACAGAGUUUGCUGGCAUGUGCAGUCUACUCAAUACGUUCUCCUGCUGGAGGAAGCCUUUGGAAAUCCUCCGGCCUUGCUAUCCGAUACUGUAUAGAGCUCGGUUAUCAUCGAAAUGCUUCAAAGUACCGGAAGAAUGUCAACCCACUUAUUGCCGAGAUUUCUAAAAGGUGUUUCUGGGUAGCCUAUGAUAUUGAUCGGGUGGCGUCCUUCAUACUGGGCCGUCCAGUUGGUAUUCCCGAUAAUUGCAUUGACGCUGAGUUGCCAUUAGAUAUAGACGAUGAUAAAAUCAAUGCACUAGGCUUGUUACAAAGCCCGCGUACGUCUCCAGAGGAACCACCCACGAGCAUGACGGGUGCUAUCCACGUAGUCAAACUACGUCGGUUGUGGUCCAAGAUCGGCAACAAUAUUUACCCGGCGAUCACCGAGUCCUCAAUGAGCCAGGCAGUUGCCAAGAAACCUCUGAUUGAACAGUUGAGGGCAGAGUUGGAAGCGUGGCAUAGCGAGGUUCCUCAUGCACCAGAUACACCCGGACUCGACCCUCUCUCUGUUUUUGCCUCGCGCGAAUGGUUUCGCCUGGCUUAUGAUCAUUCCAUUCUCCUGCUAUAUAGGCACUGGAUUACUCAUAAACCUCCUCCCGGUGAAGAGGGGUCGGUCGAGGAAGCACUGGUGAGCUGUGCAGACAAAGCAAAAGAGAUAUGCGUCCUCUACCGCAGACUCUUUCAACGCCAGUCUCUACAGUUCACGUGGGGAUCACUCCACAUUCUCUUUCUGGGAGGAUUGACCUAUCUAUACUGUAUCUGGAAAUCAUCUAGAGUCAGAGCCGCUGCUAGAAAGAUGGAUAUCAUCAACACAUGCAUGGCUUGCAAUACCGCAUUGGUCGUCAUUGCCGAACGCUGGGGAAAGGCUGCACCCUAUAGAGACAUAUUUGAAAUUUUGUCAGAAAAGACAAUUAGCCUCAUCUGUGGGGAUGGCAAUCAGUCAACCGAUGAUGACCAAGGAUGGCAGGAAUCAGGUCAAAGCCAGGCCACUGAUCCUCAACCACUUGAGGAAUGGAUGAUGGAGAUUGGGGCCGACGGCAUGCCAGUCAAUUCGGAGUGGUUGAUACAAGAGCUAUUACAAGGAACAAGGAACGAAGAUAACUAG